CUCUAUAAAUUUUGAUAUUAAAAAUUAUAACUUAUAAUGUGAUUCCUUUAGUUUUUUAGAACAUUAAUAUCCGAUUAUUCUUUUUCUUCCAAUUAUAACUUAUAAUGUGAUUCUUUUUCUUCCAAUUAUAAAUAUAUUAAUAUUUAUUGAAGUAUUGGUACAAAGAAAGUAGUUUAAUUUCUCAAUAAAUUAUUAAUGCAAUUAUAAUUAGCUUGAUAUGUAUGUAUGCACUUUAGUCAUGGUAACUUUUAAUAUGUGAUCUUAUGAAAAUUUUUGUAACUUUUAUUUUGUGUAGAUGGAUCGUAAUAAAGAAAGGAAUGCAAUUGUCGGGGUCGUGGCUUCAGUCUUAGCUUUUGGGGCUCUUUGGAUUAAAAAAUUAAAAACUAGGAAGGAAAUUACUUCUAGCCCUCGUGUGAAUCGAGAUAAUGAAAGAGAAAAUUAUAUUAAUAGUAUUUUAUAUAGUGGUGACCAGCAUUGUAUUGAUGUGAUAAGGAUGAGACCGAUCACCUUUUUUAAUUUAUGUGAUAUUCUGAGUGUGAAUAAUUUGUUACAACCAUCUAAAGCUGUCAACAUUAGGGAGCAAGUAGUUAUAUUUUUACAUAUAAUUGGUCAUAAUGUAAGGUUUCGAGUGAUUGGAUCUAGAUAUUAUAGAUCAACUGAGACAGUUCACCGUUACUUUAGGGUUGUAUUGAGAGCUAUUUUGAAAUUGUAUAGACUAGUUAUUAGAUUACCUGAUGAGUCAACUCCUAGUGAAAUUAGAAACAAUCCAAGGUUUUAUCCUUAUUUUAAAGAUUGCAUUGGAGCAUUAGAUGGAACUUAUAUUCGUGCAUCCGUUCCACUUAGCAUGCAAGGAAGAUUUCGUAGCCGUAAAGGGGGGACGACACAAAAUGUAUUGGCUGCCAUUACAUUUGAUUUGAAAUUUUCCUAUGUUCUAGCUGGUUGGGAAGGUAGUGCACAUGAUUCUCGUAUUUUAAGUGAUUCACUUUCACGUCCAGGAGGAUUAAGAAUUCCGGAAGGUAAAUAUUAUCUUGUCGAUCUUGGAUAUGCCAUCCGAAAUGGAUGUAUUACCCCAUAUCGUGGUGUCCGAUAUCAUUUAAAAGAGUUUGGUGCUGAAGGGCCUGAAAAUGCAAAGGAACUAUUUAAUCUUCGUCAUUCAUCAUUACGAAUCACUGUUGAACGUGUUUUUGGGAUUUUGAAGAAACGGUUUCGUGCAUUAGAUGCUGAACCAUUUUGGAAUUUUCAAACUCAAGUAGAUAUAUUGUUGGCUUGUUGUAUCAUUCAUAAUCAUAUAAUGGGAGUUGAUCCUAGUAAUUUACUUAAUCAAGGAUUAUACGAGGCGUCUGAGUCUGAUUUGAUAAUACCAACUCUCACGGAGCGAGAAGAAAGACAAGAAGCAAGAGAAUGGUCUGCUAAGAGAGAUGAAAUUGCACAAACUAUGUGGACUGAUUAUAUGGCUAGAAAUAUUUAGGUUUAGGGCUUAGGGUUGUUGUUUCUAUGUUAUGUAUGUUUUAGUAUUUAAAAUUUUUUGAAUGUUGUUUUUGUAAAUGUUGGUUGGAUAAUGAUAUUGAAAUUUUAGUUUGUUGGAUUUUGA